AUGGGUGUUUCGCACACCCUCCCCCAGAACAAUGCGCAUGUGAAUCGAGUGCAGGCAGUUUCUUUUUUUUCCCGCGAUAAGGGAUGUGUGCAUGCACUGCACAAGUGUUCCGCAACACAGAGCGCCCCGCACGGCACGGUGUCCCGCACCCGUGCGCCACACACUGCAGCGCCACAGCAGCAAGAAAAAGUCGCCGCGCGCUCCGUCUGCCUUUCCGUUUCCGGGGCAUCGGGGCGGGACCCAUUGUGUGCUGGGGGGAAAAGGGGGAGCGGCGGGCGGCGGCCUGGGCGGCGGCCGUCUAGACUCGCUGCUCCUUCCCAAUGGGGCAACACGCAGCAACGCGCGCUUAUGCAACAAAGGCAAGGGAGCGGGAGAGAGACAGCCGUCUGUGUCCUUGCCUUUGUUGCAGUCACCCCCCCAUCCACUGCGUCCUGUCCUGCGUCCGGAGAGUUUCUGUUACACGCUGCCAGGGGCCGGUGUGGAGAAGUCAGGACCGGGAGGACGCGGGGGGCGGGCCUGAGCUGGGCCCGGAGGGGGGAGGUGGUAUCGUCUACUUUGAAACUCCGAAUUUACGGUCUACUGCUGCUGCGCUGCUGCUGCUACUUUCUCUGUUCUCUCGGGGUCCCGCCCUUCUGGGCCCUGGCUGCCUCUUCGUCACUGUCCCCUGCCCACCAGUUGAUCGAUUUCAACUGGUGCCUGACGCAGUGA